AUGACUCUGCUGGCGGGAGACGGCUCGGACUAUGACUACAGCGCCCUGAGCUGCGCCUCCGACACCUCCUUCAACGGUCCUCCCCUGCAGGAGAGGGAGGCCCUCAAGGGGGCGUUCUACAAGAGGGCCCAGCUCCUGCCCCCGGGUGACGAGGCCGGCCCCUACCCCCAGCCCGGCGCCCGCAAGCUCCACGCCAUCAUCAACGUCGGGGGUCUGCGCUACCAGCUGCCCUGGACCACGCUGGAGAACUUCCCGCUGACGCGGCUGGGCCGGCUCAAGCUGUGCACCAGCUUCGACGAGAUCAUGGGGGUGUGCGACGACUACGACGUGGCGCGCAACGAGUUCUUCUUCGACCGCAACCCCUGCGCCUUCCGCACCAUCGUCACCUUCCUGCAGGCGGGCCGGCUGCGCAUGCUGCGGGAGACCUGCGCCCUGUCGUUCCGCGAGGAGCUGCGCUACUGGGGCGUCCCCGAGGACAGCCUGGAGUGGUGCUGCCGCCGUCGGCUCCUGCAGCGUGUGGAGGAGUGCCGUGAGCUGGACCGGGCCGAGGAGCUGCUGGAGGCCGGGGCCGGCGCCGGAGACCCGCGGGCCCAGGACUCCCGGCUGGGCCUGUGCAUGGGCCGGCUGAGGGACAUGGUGGAGAAGCCCCACUCGGGCCUGCCGGGGAAGAUCUUUGCCUGCCUGUCGGUGCUCUUCGUCACCAUCACCGCCGUCAACCUCUCCAUCAGCACCAUGCCGGCCAUGAGGGAGGAGGAGGAGACGGGCAAGUGCUCCCAGAUGUGCUACAACAUCUUCAUCGUGGAGACGGUGUGCGUGGCCUGGUUCUCACUGGAGUUCACCCUGCGCUUCAUCCAGGACCGCAGCAAGCUGGCCUUUCUGAGGAAGCCGCUCAACCUCAUCGACAUCAUGGCCAUCCUGCCCUACUACAUCACGCUGCUGGUGGACAGCACCUCCAUGGGGGAGAAGCGGCUGGGCUCGGGCAGCAGCUACCUGGACAAGGUGGGGCUGGUUCUGCGCGUGCUGAGAGCCCUGCGUAUUCUGUACGUGAUGCGCCUGGCCCGGCACUCCCUGGGGCUGCAGACGCUGGGCCUGACGGCCCGCCGCUGCACCCGGGAGUUCGGCCUGCUCCUCCUCUUCCUCUGCGUGGCCAUCGCCCUCUUCUCCCCGCUCCUCUACCUCAUGGAGAACGAGGUGGCCGCCUCGCCCGAGUUCAGCAGCAUCCCCGCCACCUACUGGUGGGCGGUCAUCACCAUGACGACGGUGGGCUACGGCGACAUGGUGCCGCGCAGCGUGCCCGGCCAGGUGGUGGCGCUCAGCAGCAUCCUGAGCGGGAUCCUCCUCAUGGCCUUCCCCGUCACCUCCAUCUUCCACACCUUCUCCCGCUCCUACCUGGAGCUCAAGCAGGAGCAGCAGCGCCUCCUGCAGAGACGGACGCACUUCCUGCUGCGCAACAAGAUGGCCGGCCUCAGCGACCUGUCCCUGGAGAGCGACGCCCUUUUUCCCAGCGUGUCCUCCGAGCCCAGGGACAACGACGACCGGGAGUAUUAG